AUGAGGAACAUUGCUAACCAUCUUAAGAGCCUCUCGGACCAUGUUCGCAUUAUAUUUCUCACCUCUCCUCCCAUCAAUGAAGAACAAAUACACAAAAAACUCAGUGCAACUCAAUCAGGAAGAAGCAAUGAGUCAUGUGGAGUAUAUGCAGACGCAUUAAUGGAGCUUUGUGAAGAGAUGGAUUUGAAGGCUGUUAAUCUCUGGUCUGCAAUCCAGACAAGGGAAGAUUGGUUAGACGUUAGCUUCACGGAUGGAGUUCAUCUAUCAGCAGAGGGAAGCAAGGUAGUGGUGAAGGAAAUAUUAAAAGUGCUAAGAGAAGUAGAUUGGAAACCUAGUCUGCAUUGGAUGUCAAUGCCGACAGAAUAUGCAGAAGAUUCACCAUAUUAUCCUCCCACUCCUGAUGGAACAACAACCAUAAAUGUGUCUCACAUUAUCUCUCGAAGGUGUUUGCAGUGGGAUAUAUAA